CAUUUCAUAGUGUUGUUAUGCAUGGUUUCAUCAAUUUAUUCGCAAGCAUUGAAGGUACCGGUAUCGUUUCUCGUAUCAACAAACAAAAAUUACGACAAAUACAUGUACAUCAUCUUGUAGAUGUAAGGCAUAUUAAUCGUCUAACUCUGAAUUUACACGGCACAUCUAAAUUGCUAAUUAAUCUAUACUCUUUCAGUGUGCACACUAAACAAAUAUAUUAUCUCUAGCAAAUAUUGAUCUUACUAAAUAAUUUUAAGAAAAUGAAAACAAUUUUCUGGAAAAAAAAGAACCUACCGGAAGAUCAAUGAUCAAUAUGGCCAUCGUGUCGAAAUGACACAGCAGCCAUUUCAUUUUCCUAGUUUAGAAAAUUAAAUAAACUUUAUUAUCCUUUGGCUUCAUAACUUGACAAAUCACGCAUACGGCAUACGUCAAGCCUAACUUGACAGCUACGUCUCCACGUGUCGGCAUGCCAGCCCACGCCGUCGACACAUAUAUCCCCAAGUCAAGUCUCCCCUUCAGUCGACGUUUUAUUUUAUUAUUAUUUCUACAUGAUCUGCUGCAGCCACUUUUGCUCGGGUCCAUGCCAAAAAAAAAAAAGUAGGUACCACUUUUCUCUGCUUAUUUGUCCCAUUCUGUAACACACUUCCAGAACUCCUACACGUGUCUGCCUUUUUUCCCUUUCCUUACCUUUUGGUCACAGGUUCAUGCACCCCCGGGAGAAAAGCCGCUCUCGUAGUAAGUACGUGUUUACAUCGUUGGAUUCAUGUCAUACAAAUCUCGUUGUAACUAGACUACCACACGCGACGAAUUUUCAUUUACGCAUGGAUGAAUUAUUUUCCUGAGAAUGCAUAGCUGAGCUAAUAGAGAUUAAUUUAGUUUAGACUUUUUAUUAGACUUUGAAUUUAUGGAAUUGGGACACGUGAAUUUGGCCAUCCAUCCACCUUGCGGGCUUUGAACCUGGGCCUGACUGUUUGGAUAAGGUCGGCCGAAAGAAGAAGGCACGUGGGCCGAAUCUUAACCGUCAGAUAGAAAGUAAAACUGGGGGCCCAUCUGCCCAACCAGUGAGACAAGGACGACCGUACUUAUCUCUCUCUCUCUCUCUCUUACGUUCUACGCCGCUCUCUAUAUAUAAUGUCGACACGCGCAGAAGGAAAAAGAAAAGAAAGAAAGAACAGUUGGCGCCCAAAUUGACAAGCAGCCAGCCAUCAAGAAAAAAAAGAGUUCCAGAGGAUUCUCAUCUGUUCAAAUUUCAAGCUCCCGGCCCCGGAUCUAGAGAAAUGGGUGUGCAAGACAAAGAUCCGCUAGCUCAAUUGAGCCUGCCGCCGGGAUUCCGGUUCUACCCGACCGAUGAGGAGCUUCUGGUUCAGUAUCUCUGCCGGAAAGUCGCCGGGCAUUCGUUCUCGCUGCAGAUCAUCGGGGAGAUUGACUUGUACAAGCACGAUCCAUGGGUUCUGCCAGGGAAAGCCAUCUUCGGGGAGAAAGAGUGGUACUUUUUCAGCCCCAGAGACAGGAAGUACCCGAACGGGUCGCGGCCGAAUCGGGUUGCUGGUUCGGGUUACUGGAAGGCGACCGGUACCGACAAAGUGAUCACGACCGAAGGGCGUAAGGCCGGUAUCAAGAAGGCUCUGGUUUUCUACGUUGGGAAAGCUCCGAAAGGGACCAAAACCAAUUGGAUCAUGCACGAGUACCGCCUUCUUGAUUCGUCGCGCAAGAACGGCAGCACGAAGUUGGACGACUGGGUUCUAUGCCGGAUCUACAAGAAAAACUCGGGCGGCGGGCAGAAACCCAUGCCCGGUCUAUCCACCCAAGAGCAGAGUAACAACGGUUCCUCCUCGUCGUCCUCGUCCCACUACGACGACGUGUUGGACUCCCUACCGGAGAUGGACGAGCGGUUCCUGAAUCUGCCGCAGCAGCCAGGAUCCGCUAAACCGAUGCAAGUGGACCGAAAGCUGAGCUUGAGCAAUUUGGGAUCGGGCAGCUUCGACUGGGCCAGCCUCCUCCGGUUCAACCCUGCAUCUGAACCGGAUCAAAACCAGACUCAAGCCGGUACAACCGCAGGUCUCAACAACGACUUCUACGUCCCUUCCAUCUCGCAAGGCACAGCCACCGCAGCUAAUUUCGACGUCGAUUUAUCCAACACGCUGAGCAGGGCCGCCAUGGAAGAAGAGGUUCAAAGCGGGCUAAGAAGGCAGAGCCAGAACCAGAAACUCAACAACCAAACCGCCGGCCUCUCAACUACACACAAUUUCAUGUCGUCGAACCCAUUACUCGACCCGUAUGCCGGGUACGGGUACCCGGCCAAACCCGGCACCGGAUUCGGGUUCGGGCUCUGAAAAAAAAAAAAACAGUGGUGAUUUAUGGGUACUCUGUAAAUAAACUGGGAUUCUUUGGGUCUGACUAACCUUUGGGAUUUGGUUUUACUUAGCUAUAGCGUUGUAGCAAGGUGAUGAUGAUUAUGGGUUUUUUUUUUAGAGGAAUGGGACAAGGAAUUAGAUUCGAAUUUGAUGUGUAAAACAAAGCCAGAACCCUGUUUUUGUAACAUUUCCACUUGUAGCUAGUACUUGACCGAUUGAUGAUAUCGGUCCAUCUGGGAUCUGAUAGUGAAUCGUAGGUUUGUGGCUGUAGUCGCUUUGUCAUAUUUAGUGGUAGCGAUUGAUUUGCCAAUUUUUGUCAUCUCAUCUCGCGUCUCCUUUCCGUCUUUGCAUGCCGACCAAAUAAUGCGGCCGGAAGCUGGAAUCAAUGAACCAAAAAAACAGAGGAGAAAGAUACAAGUUGUGAGACGAAAUAUGUCACUCUCUCUGGUUUGAUUGAUCAGUUCACAUGCUUGAACAUUGAACCUUAUUCAACAUUCAGUUAAUUAAUUAGUUAAUUAACUUACCCGAUUGAGCAGUUCACUAUAAAUACUGCCCUUAAUCAACUUUACCCGAUUGAUAAGAAAGCAAUCAAUAAUGGGAAAUAUGAAGGCUCUGUUUUUCCUCCUCCUGGUUCUUGUCUCUGUUUUUGCGUCCCUCCAGUCGUUGGAUGCAGCAGAUUUGCAAGAGGAUGGCAGCAGACGAACGAUCAUCAUCGCCACCAGGAAGCUGUUGCCUUAUAAUUCUACUGGCAAGUUCCCCCAGCUUAACCUCCCACUCUCUUUUUACUUCAUUCCAGCUGCUGAGCUGAAAUGGUUUUUUAAUAUAGAACUAUUUCAUUCCAUUUGAAUGCAGCUUUCUACGAGAAGAAUCAACACGUGAUCGUCACCGUCACCACAAGAAAGUUGUUGUGGGAUUGGGGCAAGUUUCCCUUCGUUAAUUCUUCUUUGUCUCUCUCCAGAAGGAAAUAAUAUCAUUCUGGGUAACAAAUGAAAAGAACAUCUAAAAGCAAUUGAAACGGUCACAAACAAGUUUUUGAAUUGCUAUUUUGGUGUUUUUGUUGAUUUUUUUUUUUGGUCAUAAAAGCCUUUUCUAAUUAUUGUAUAACCCAUUCAGAUACGAUUUAUUAUUGAAUCUCUAAUGCACUCGAAGUUCGGCUAUUGGAGGGUAAAAUGAAGCUUAGUUAAGAUGCCCAGUAUAUCUAAACCUUAUAUGCAAUUUUGAGUUUGGAUGUCACAUCAUUUAUUUAAAAUAUGAUAUCAAAGGAAAUCAAUUAUGCAUCAAUGUAUCACUUAGCUUAUUAAGAUUUGAAUAUUCAUGACCUUUCUUUCAACCAAAUAUUCUUUCACAUCAUUGUCAACGCUUAUUUGUUCUCCAAUCUAACUCUUGAAUUAUCCAAAGUUGUUUUCCCGAACUUAAUUCAUAAUGUGACCAACAGGUAUGCAUUGUGGGAAAGACAAUUGUUGCUAUCACAGUAUAAUUUUUGGGAUAUGUAGAAUCUGUUGUCUGCCGCCAGUGCCUGGUUAGUACUCUCUACAAGAAGAAAAAAUAGUUAUCUAGUGUGGUAUUAUAUAUUCAGUUACUAUUAGUUACUGAAUUUGCUAUCUUUGUGUGUUCAGAGGCGAAAUCGAACAAACAAGAGAACUCUACAUUCGUGAAGAAAACAAAAGAAUAGAUUGAUCGAGUAAAACAAAAAUUAUGUAUGACGACUUGAAUACCGAGGGUGAUUGACGAGGUGGAUGUGGAAGAACGACUUUUGGGCGUUUUCAGUUGAUGGGGUUGUUUAUUAUUUUAUGGAUUUGCUUCCCCAGCCUUGUUUUUUUUUUUUUUUAUAGGGAUGAAUGACUUUAUGUUAUUAAUAUUUAAUCCCUCUGCAGAGGAGAACUGGCAAGGCCGAAAUAUUACUGGUUGUCUAAGAUUUCACGUUUUACUGUUGUCCUCGUUUAUGCUAAAUUGUUCGUUUCAUUGUGUGUCUAGACCUUAUAGCAAUAUAUGGUUGUCAGAAGUGUUAUUGCGACGAAACGAGAUCGUCUCCUGGCAACAAGUGAGGUGCAAGUUCGAGGGGGUGCAAGUUCGAGGGGGUGCAAGUUGAGGGGUAAAUUGCUGGGGGUGCAACUUGGUGGGGGUGUAAGUGGAGGGGUAAAUUGUUGUUUGGAUGAAAAAGUAAGUAAUUAACUAUAAAAUAUUAUAAAAAUCAAUAUAUAAUAAAAAUAGUUAUUUUAUAAUAAAGCUCAAAUAAUAAUUAACUAUAACAACAAUAAUAAUUAUUGGUCGAGCGACCUCGAAACCCAACUUGUUUUUUUAAUUAUAUUUAAAUUGAAUAUGAUCAAACUUAGUCAAACACGUUCGAAUAUGUAAGUUUUAACUAUUUAGUUAAGUAAACUGAGUCAACUAAACCGUUAUUCUCUAUCUUUUCCACAAACGCUUCUUAUCUCUAAUUUUCAAUGCAAAUUUGAGUCAACCAAGAGAUAUCGAUUUGACUAGACGAACAUUGACAAACUUGCUCUCGAAGUCAAACGGUCAACCCCGAACAACGUCUACAUUAAUGAUAGCUAUAACAUAAAAUUAAUAAUAUUAAUUAUUAUGUAAAAAUAAUAUAAUUAAAAAAAUUCAUAAUCUCCCCCCUCCCCCUUCCUUCCUUCCAUUGCACCCCAAUUCGGACCAUAAGCCGAAAUAGUAAUUCUGCACCACCGUUUUGCACCCCCUAUUGUUACAAAUUAUCCAAACGGGUGCAAAUGCCUUGAAAAUUGUGUUUACCCCUCCCAUUUGCACGCUCCUCCCAUUUGCACCUCUUCCCAAACAUAGUGUAAAAGUCAAACAUGGUAGAGGUGGUAAUUGGCAAUCCAAUCCACCAAUCCAUUAAAAAUAUCCGCCUAAUCCAAUCCAUUUGAUCCAAAUGACAAAUUACAGUCUGGUACCUAUACUUUUUAUAUUUUACAUUUUUGUACCCAAAAUUUAUUUUACACGAAAAUAUCAUUCAAAAAUUACGUUUUGGUACCUCAAAAAAUUUUCAUUGUGACA